UUCUGUACUUACUAUCUUCAGUGUUAAGGAUUGUUAUCGCAAGUCAUACAAUUCUAUCUGAAAAGACCUACCAGCAUUAUUUUCUUGUACAGAGAAGGAAGUAUAAACAACACUAUUUGGUCAAACGAUCCUCCCCCAUUUUUCUAAAGAGCAAACUCUGACUUCAUUAACCAAAGUUCCUUCAGGUUUCUUGGAAACUCACCACUCAAUACCAUUCAAAGUGGACUGAAGAAAAGAGGAAGUCCUAAUAAGAACUGCUAGAGAGAGUAAUUAGCAAUCUGUGUAGCUUAAAGCAUAUUGCUAUUUGCUAACGAGGACUCUGGUCUGUCUUUCUUUGUUCAAGUUGUGUUUCCAGGAUUUUUAUAUCUGUAAUCAGUGAAUCCACUUUUUCUCUUUGAAAAUUUCUGAAAAUCAGUGUCAUACUUUCUUUAUCCCUCAAAACCAAAGAAUUCGAAGAAAAAUAUGCUUAGUUUUUCUUUAUUUUUCCCCAGAGGCUAUUGAUUUUAGUAUCUUAGUUCAAAAUCGAUGGACUGCAUCCCUAUACUUCUCUGCUGCUAUUUGUUGCUCUGUACAACAAUAUACACUGCUGCUGACACCAUGAAUAGAACUCGAUCUAUCAGAGAUGGUGAGUCCUUGGUAUCACCUAGUGGAGUCUUUAAGUUGGGAUUUUUCAGCCCAGGUACCUCCAAGGACCGAUACUUGGGUAUCUGGUACAACAAAAUCCCUAUCGUGACCGUAGUCUGGGUUGCCAACAGAGAAAACCCCGUCACAGAUUUAUCAAGUGUUUUAAAGAUUAAUGAUCAAGGAAAUCUAAUCAUUGUCACAAAAAAUGACAGCAUCAUUUGGUCUUCCAACUCCAAAAGUUUUGCAAGGGAUCCUGUUGCACAGCUUUUGGAUUCAGGAAACUUUAUUGUCAAAGAUCUGGGUUAUAAUAAUUCCGAAGUUUACUUGUGGCAGAGUUUUGACUAUCCAUCUGAUACAUUAUUGCCUGGAAUGAAGAUUGGAAGGAAUAGAGUAACAGGCUUAGAUGCUAAUAUAUCAUCAUGGAAGACGCCUGAUGAUCCUGCUCGAGGUAAGUUUACAUUUGGGUUUGAUCAUAGUGGUUAUCCUGAAUUGAUCUUAAGAAAAGAUUCAACUAGGCUUUAUCGCACUGGGCCAUGGAAUGGUUUGCGGUUCAGUGGUACACCUGCUCUAGAACCAAACCCCAUUUUUAGCAAUGGGUUCUCUUUUAAUGAGGACGAGGUGUUCUACAAAUAUGAGCUUCUUAACAGCUCACUCUUUUCAAGGAUGGUGAUAAGCCAGGAGGGAUAUCUGGAGCAGUUUGUCUGGAUUAGUCGAUUACAUGAGUGGAGUCUUUAUCUUACAUUAGUAGUAGACCAGUGUGACUUCUAUUCGCAGUGUGGUGCAUAUGGUAUCUGCAAUAUUGUAAAAUCUCCAAUGUGUAGUUGCUUGAAAGAAUUUGUACCGAAAAUUCCAAGAGACUGGUACAUGUUGGAUUGGUCAAGUGGUUGUGUUAGACAAACCCCGCUAACUUGCUCUCAAGAUGGGUUUCUAAAGUUUUCUGCAGUAAAGUUGCCAGACACACGAGAAUCUUGGUCUAACGUUGCUGGUUCAAUGGUAAUGGACAUGUCUCUUAACGAUUGCAGUUUCUUGUGCACGAGGAAUUGCAACUGUACAGCUUAUGCAAAUUUGGACGUUAGGGGAGGAGGAAGUGAUUGCUUGCUUUGGUUUAGUGACUUGCUUGAUAUUAGAGAAUAUACUGAAGGCGGACAGGAUAUUUAUGUGAGGAUGGCUGCAUCAGAAUUAGUUCACAACAACCUUCAGAAUACUACUACUCCUACAUCCAAUGUCCAGAAAUAUAGAAAAGUUGUUGUAAGCUCUGUAUUAUCUAUGGGAUUGCUGCUUUUGGUCCUGGCCCUGAUCUUGUACUGGAAAAGGAAGAGGCAGAAAAAUAGAAGAAUGACAGGUAUUCUGGAAAGAAAUACAAAUAACAAGGGCCAGAAAGAAGAUCUAGAAGUAACAUUGUUUGACAUGGGCACAAUUGCUUGCGCAACAAAUAACUUUACUCUCAUUAAUAAACUUGGUGAAGGAGGUUUUGGCCCUGUUUAUAAGGGAAUAUUGAGAGAUGGACAGGAAAUAGCUGUGAAGAAGCUCUCAAAGAAUUCAAGACAAGGACUAGAUGAGUUCAAGAACGAAGUCAUGUAUAUUGCGAAAUUACAGCACCGAAAUUUAGUGAAGAUCCUAGGAUGUUGCAUUCAAGCAGAUGAGAGGAUGUUGGUUUAUGAGUUUAUGCCUAAUAAAAGCUUGGACUUCUUUAUUUUUGAUCAAGCACAGUGCACACUACUAGAUUGGCCUAAGCGCUACCAUAUUAUCAGUGGGAUUGCUCGUGGACUACUUUACCUUCAUCAAGAUUCAAGACUCAGAAUAAUUCAUAGAGAUCUAAAAGCUGGAAAUAUUUUACUAGAUUGUGAAAUGAACCCUAAAAUCUCAGACUUUGGACUAGCCAGAAGUUUUGGCGGAAAUGAAACUGAAGCAAAUACAAAUAAGGUUGUGGGAACAUAUGGUUACAUGUCGCCAGAGUAUGCUAUUGAUGGUCUCUACUCAGUGAAAUCUGAUGUGUUUAGCUUUGGUGUAAUGGUGCUAGAGAUAGUGAGCGGCAAAAGAAACAGAGGAUUUUGUCAUCCUGAGCACCAUCUUAACCUUCUUGGGCAUGCAUGGAAACUACAUAAGGCAGGGAGAACUUUUGAGUUGAUUGCGGCGUCAGUGAUAGAUUCAUGCUACGAAUCUGAAGUGCUAAGAUCGAUUCAAAUUGGUUUACUAUGCGUGCAAAGAAGUCCAGAAGAUAGGCCAAGUAUGUCGAAUGUGGUACUUAUGUUGGGCAGCGAAGGUACCUUGCCUGAGCCUAGACAACCAGGAUUCUUCACUGAAAGAGAUAUUAUUGAAGCCAAAUCUUCAUCAAGUAACCACAAACUAUGUUCACCUAAUGGUCUCACUAUUUCAUCAUUAGGGGCACGUUGAUAGCACUUCAUUAUUGAGUUUUACAGUAAUUUUUAUUUCAAUAGCUGUGACAUUUUUUGUUCAUACUGUUGCAGAAAAAGCAUGUGUUAUUUACUUGCUUAUACAGAAAAAUGAAAAAUGAAGCUUUAGGUUGUGGAA